UGGUUAUAAUGCAGUCAAAGUGGAUCUACGGAUUGCUGGUGUUUUUCCUCUGCAAAAGCAUCACAGGAUUGGCGGAUGUUGAAGGGCGUGUCAUAAACCAAACGGACAGAACUGAUAUUCAAGAAUUGUAUUUGGAUGGUCCGUAUAGACACUGUCCUAUUGAUUCCAGUGCCCAUGGUAUAUAUACAAUACAGGUAGGGGAACUAGAUCCCUUCCCAGUGUUCUGCAAUGCAAAGAUGGCGGGUCCUGGCUGGACUGUGAUCGCCCGUCGAACCAACAAGGAGCUGAAUUUCUUCCGCGACUGGGAUGGGUACAAGAGAGGAUUUGGUGACAUCGCAGGCGACUUCUUCAUAGGAUUGGAUAAGCUGCACGCCAUUACAAAGUCACAGAACCAAGAGCUAUACGUACACCUGGAGGACUUCGAGGGGAACACGAGAUAUGCCAAAUACGAUGAGUUCCAUAUCGAAAGUGAAAACGAUCAAUAUCGAAUGUCCGCGUUGGGCAGAUUUACUGGAGAUGCGGGUGAUUCGUUGAGAGUCAGUCAGAACCAGAAAUUCACCACCUACGAUAGGGACAACGAUCAAAGGGCGAAUGGAAGAAAUUGUGCUGCGGAACAAAUGUGUCCCUGGUGGCACAACGAUUGUAGCCAUAGUCAGCCUUUCGGCAUAUAUGUGGAUGGUAUCGUGGAUAUCAUGAGGACUGGGGGGAUAUAUUGGUACCAUUGGCGCGGAUAUGAAUACUCUUAUAAAGCAAUGCAAAUGAUGGUUCGUCCAAAGUGCUCUUGCCCUAAUAAGAAAUAAAAUAAAUAUUAAACUACAUACAACGUAUUCUUAUGAAUUCGUACAAAAAUACAAGUCACGAAGGCAGUUGUUUAAUCUGGUUAUAUUCAUAGCAUAAUCCAUUCUUCGUUCUGUACUCUACGCGCCUUAUAAAUAUAUAACCUGUUGACCAGAAUUAUUGUUCACUUAAAUACAACACUUUUUAAUCUUUGGAAACCUUUUCGAACAACCCUCGUACACCAUUUUCCCUUUUCUGAAAACUCAUGUACAUUGGCAUGCCCGUUUAUUGCAAUAUUUUAUUUAUAUGUUUGCCAAAUGUUUUAUUCUUAGUAGUUCCAUGUC